GCCGAGAAGGUCCAGAGUCAAGUCAACGCACACAUGCGUCUUCAAGUGAUCCGGCCGCUGCUGUCCCGUGCCGCCGCCCCCGCGAGCGCGCUGAGGCCCUGGGGCGCGCGCACCUUCGCGUCCGCGCUGGUCGAGAGGCACCUGGAGGGCGAGCGCAUCACCAAGGUGGCGGAGCUCGUCAGCGAGCAGGCCGUGCGCGUCACGUUCGAGGACGGCGCCACCGCCAAGUUCCACAAGCUCUGGCUGCGCGACCACUGCCGCUGCGAGCACUGCAUGCACCCGGAGACGCAGCAGCGCCAGCUGGACACGGCCUCCAUCCCCAUGGAUGCGCCGUUGCAGCGCCUCGAGGUCACACACGCCGGCGGGGCUGUGGCCAUUGACUGGAACGCGCCUGUGCGCGGCACCCCGUGCACGGCCAGCGAGUUCGACGCGCAGUGGCUGCGCGACCACGCGUACGCGCUGGAAGGCGGCAACGCCGACGACUCGGCCACGGCGCCGUACCCCAAGUCGUACCGGCAGCCGCGCGUGACCACGAAGCAGCUCUGGGCCGGAGCCGACUUCAAGCUGCCCACGCACGACUACAGCAAGUGCGUGGACGACAUCGAGCCGCUCAUGCGCGACCUGUACGCCUACGGCCUGGUGCGCGUGUCGGGCACGCCCAACACGAUGGAGGCUACCGAGAAGUUCUCCAAGAAGAUCGGCUUCGUGCUUCGCACGAUCUACGGGACCAUGUGGACGACGAACCCCACCAACGACGCCGAGGGAUACAACGACACUGCGUCCACGAACCUGGAGCUGCUGCACCACACUGACGGCACGUACAUGCGCGACCCGCCUGGGCUGCAGAUCUUCAACUGCGCCGCGCAGGCUGGCGAGGGUGGCGAGAGCCGCUAUGUGGACUCGUUCCACGUCGCUGAGACCCUGAGGAGCGAGGACCCGGAGGCUUUUCGAGUGCUGAGCACGACGUCGCUGCCCUACUUCACUGUGGACAACGACGCGCACCUGGCCACGAUGGAGCCGCUCAUCCGCGUGGACUACGCUGGCAACAUCGUACAGUUCCGCCACAACGACUACGACCGCGCACCACUCACGCACCUGAGCUUCGAAGAGGUGGGCGCGUUCUACAAGGCGCACCGCAAGCUACUGGAAGUCAUGCGUCGGCCUGAGAUGGAGUUCUGCAUGAAGCUCCAGGUGGGCGACAUGGUGGUCGUGGACAACCAGCGCGUGAUGCACGGUCGCCACGCCUUCCGGGGCGGAGACCGCGCGCUCAUCGGCUGCUACAUCGGCCAAACGGAGUACGAGAGCCGCCUGCGCGUGCUCGGCAUCAUUUAA